CCUCCCUCCCUCCCUCCUUCCUUCUUUCCUUCCUUUUUCCUUCCUUUUUCCUCCCUCCUUCCUUCCUUCCCUCCCUCCUUCCUUCCCUCCUUCCUCCCUUCCUCCCUCCCUCCUUCCUUCCUUCCUUUUCCCUCCCUCCUUCCUUCCUUCCCUUCUUCCCUCCUUCCUUCCUUCCCUCCUUCCUUCCUUCCUUCCCUCCUUCCCUCCUUCCUCCUUCCCUCCCUCCCUUCCUUCCUUCCUUCCUUCCUUUUCCCUCCCUCCUUCCUUCCCUCCCUCCUUCCUUCCUUCCCUCCUUCCUUCCUUCCUUUUCCCUCCUUCCUUCCUUCUUUCCUUCCUUUUCCCUCCCUCCUUCCUUCCUUCCCUCCUUCCUUCCUUCCUUCCCUCCUUCCUCCCUUCCUCCCUCCCUCCCUCCCUCCUUCUUUCCUUCCUUUUCCCUCCCUCCCUUCCUUCCUUCCCUCCCUCCUUACUUCCCUCCUUCCUUCCUCCCUCCCUCCCUCCCUCCCUCCCUCCUUCCUUCCUUCCUUCCCUCCUUCCUUCCCUCCUUCCUCCCUCCCUCCCUCCCUUCCUUUCCUCCCUCUCUCCUUCCUCCCUCCCUCCCUCCCUUCCUUUCCUCCCUCUCUCCUUCCUCCCUCCCUCCCUCCCUUCCUUUCCUCCCUCUCUCCUUCCUCCCUCCCUCCCUCCCUUCCUUCCUUCCCUCCUUCCUCCCUCCCUCCCUCCCUUCCUUUCCUCCCUCUCUCCUUCCUCCCUCCCUCCCUCCCUUCCUUUCCUCCCUCUCUCCUUCCUCCCUCCCUCCCUCCCUUCCUUCCCUCCCUCCUUCCUUCCCUCCUUCCUCCCUCCCUCCCUCCCUUCCUUUCCUCCCUCUCUCCUUCCUCCCUCCCUCCCGCCUUCCUUCCUUCCUUUCAUCGAGACCAUAGAGAGGGAAGGGACCUCUCCAGGCGGUUCUGAGGGGACCAUAGAGAGGGAAGGGACUGCCCUCUUGCAAGAGACCAUAGAGAGGGAAGGCACCCCUCCAGGUCAUCCAGCCUGACCCCCUUGGAAGGGACCAUAGAGAGGGAAGGGACUUCCCUAGGUCCUCCAGCCUCACCCCCUUGCAAGAGAUCAUAGAGAGAGAAGGGGCCUUCAGCGUCCACCAAUGGGUGGAGGAGACGGAUGGCGAUGGGAUGAUCGUCUUGAUGAUGAUGAUGAUGAUGAUGACCAUGAUGAUGGCGGCCAUGAUGAUGAUGGUGGUGGUCUUGAUGAUGAUGACCAUGAUGCUAUGGUGAUGAUGAAGGCCACCAUCAUCAUGAUGAUGAUGGUUUUGAUGGUCGAUGAUGAUGGUCUUUGAUGGCGAUGGUGACCAUGAUGAUGAUGAUGAUGUCGGUUGCCAUGAUGGUGACCAUGAUGCUCAUGAUGAUGAUGUCUAUGUCCAUCAUGAUGGUCCUGAGGAGGAGGAGGACCAUGAUGGUGAUGAUGGCCCUCAAGUUGAUGAUGAUGAUGACCAUGAUGAUCAUGUUCUCGAUGAUGUUGAAGGCCAUGAUGAUGAUGACCAUGAUGGCCAUGAUGAUGACCAUGGUGAUGAUGAUGGCCAUGAUGAUGAUGGUGCUCAUGAUCCUGAUGGUGAUGAUGAUGGUCAUGAUGAUGAUGACCAUGGUGAUGAUGAUCGUGGUCAUGAUCCUGAUGGUGAUGAUGAUGAUGAUGACCACGGUGAUGAUGAUGGUGGUCAUGAUCCUGAUGGUGAUGAUGAUGGUCGUGAUGAUGAUGAUGGUCCUCAAGUUGAUGUGAUGAUGGGCAUGAUCCUGAUGAUGAUGGGCAUGAUCCUGAUGAUGGUGGUGGUGGUCCUAAAGUUGAUGUGAUGAUGAUGAUGGGCACGAUCCUGAUGAUGAUGGUCCUUAAGUUGAUGUGAUGAUCAUGAUGGUCAUGAUCCUGUUGAUGAUGAUGAUGAGGUCCAUGAUGAUGGGCAUGAUCCAGAUGAUUGUCCUCAAGUUGAUGUGAUGAUGAUGGGCAUGAUCCUGAGGAUGAUGGCCCUCAAGUUGAUGUGAUGAUGAUGUUGGUCAUGAUGAUGAUGAUGGUCUUGAUGACCAUGGUGAUGAUGAUGAUGACCAUGAUGAUGAUGUCCAUGGUGAUGAUAGUGGUGGUCAUGGUGAUGAUGAUGAUGAUGAUGUUGACCAUGAAGAUGAUGAUGAUGACCGUGAUGAUGAUGGCCAUGAUGAUGAUGAUGAUGAUGGCCAUGAUGAUGAUGAUGACCAUGAUGAUGUCCAUGAUGAUGAUGUCCAUGGUGAUGAUGGUGGUGGUCAUGAUCCUGAUGGUGAUGAUGAUGAUGAUGAUGACCAUGAAGGUGAUGAUGAUGACCAUGAUGAUGACCAUGAUGAUGAUGAUGUCCAUGAUGAUGAUGUCCAUGAUGAUGAUGAUGUCCAUGAUGAUGAUGAUGAUGGCCAUGAUGAUCAUGUUUUUGAUGAUGAUGUUGACCAUGAUGACCAUGAUCUUAAUGAUGAUGAUGUCUAUGAUGAUGAUGUCCAUGAUGAUGAUGAUGACCAUGAUGAUGAUGAUGGCCAUGAUGAUCAUGUUUUUGAUGAUGAUGUUGACCAUGAUGACCAUGAUCUUAAUGAUGAUGAUGGCCAUGAUGAUCAUGUUCUCGAUCAUCAUGAUGAUGAUGUUGACCAUGAUGAUGACCAUGAUGGCCAUGAUGAUGACGACCAUGAUGGCCAUGAUGAUGACGACCAUGAUGAUACCUUCUCUCCUCCCAUAGGCCAGAGCGGCGCCGGCAACAACUGGGCCAAGGGCCACUACACCGAGGGCGCCGAGCUGGUGGACUCCGUCCUGGACGUUGUCCGCAAGGAGGCCGAGUCCUGCGACUGCCUCCAGGGCUUCCAGCUGACCCACUCCUUGGGCGGCGGCACGGGUUCCGGCAUGGGGACCUUGCUGAUCUCCAAGAUCCGAGAGGAGUACCCCGACCGCAUCAUGAACACCUUCUCGGUGGUCCCCUCCAUGGCCAAGGUCUCCGACACGGUGGUGGAAGCCUGCAAGGCCACCUUGAGGGGAGAGCAGGUGGUGGAGGAGACCGAUGGGAUGGUGGUGGUCAUGAUGAUGAUGAUGAUGAUGGUCCUCAAGUUGAUGGGAUGAUGAUGUUGGGCAUGAUGAUGAUGAGGAUGAUGAUGAGGUCCAUGAUGAUGAUGAUGAUGGUCCUCAAGAUGUGAUGAUGAUGAUGAUGAUGAUGAUGGUCCUCAAGUUGAUGUGAUGAUGAUGAUGAUGUUGGGCAUGAUCCUGAGGUCCAUGAUGAUGGGCAUGAUGAUGAUGAUGGUCCUCAAGUUGAUGUGAUGAUGAUGAUGGUCCUCAAGUUGAUGUGAUGAUGAUGAUGGGCACCAUCCUGAUGAUGAUGGUCCUCAAGUUGAUGUGAUGAUGAUGAUGAUGAUGGUCAUGAUCCUGAUGAGGAUGAUGAUGAUGAUGGUCCUCAAGUUGAUGUGAUGAGGUCCAUGAUGAUGGGCAUGAUCCUGAUGAUGGUCAUGAUCCUGAUGAUGAUGGUGGUCCUCAAGUUGAUGUGAUGAUGAUGAUGAUGAUGUUGGGCAUGAUCCUGAUGAUGAUGGUCAUGAUGAUGAUGAUGAUGGUCCUCAAGUUGAUGUGAUGAUGGGCAUGAUCCUGAUGAUGAUGGGCAUGAUCCUGAUGAUGGGCAUGAUGAUGAUGAUGAUGGUGGUGGUCCUCAAGUUGAUAUGAUGAUGAUGGGCAUGAUCCUGAUGAUGAUGAUGUUGGGCAUGAUCCUGAUGAUGAUGAUGAUGGUCCUCAAGUUGAUGUGAUGAUGGGCAUGAUCCUGAUGAUGAUGGUGGUCCUCAAGUUGAUGUGAUGAUGAUGAUGGGCAUGAUCCUGAUGAUGAUGGUGGUCCUCAAGUUGAUGUGAUGAUGAUGUUGGGCAUGAUCCUGAUGAUGAUGGUGGUCCUCAAGUUGAUUUGAUGAUGAUGAUGUUGGGCAUGAUCCUGAUGAUGAUGGGCAUGAUCCUGAUGAUGAUGAUGGUCCUCAAGUUGAUGUGAUGAUGAUGAUGAUGUAGGGCAUGAUCCUGAUGAUGAUGGGCAUGAUCCUGAUGAUGAUGGGCAUGGUCCUCAAGUUGAUGUGAUGAUGAUCAUGAUCCUAUGAUGAUGAUGAUGUUGGUCAUGAUGAUGAUGAUGAUGGUCCUCAAGUUGAUGUGAUGAUGAUGAUGUUGGGCAUGAUCCUGAUGAGGAUGAGGAUGAUGAUGAGGUCCAUGAUGAUGGGCAUGAUCCUGAUGAUGAUGGUGGUCCUCAAGUUGAUAUGAUGAUGAUGAUGUUGGUCAUGAUGAUGAUGAUGGUCUUGAUGACCAUGAUGACCAUGAUGAUGAUGUCCAUGGUGAUGAUGAUGGUGGUCAUGAUCCUUACGAUGAUGAUGUUGACCAUGAAGAUGAUGAUGUCCAUGAUGAUGAUGAUGACCAUGAUGAUGAUGAUGGCCAUGAUGAUCAUGUUUUUGAUGGUGAUGUUGACCAUGAUGACCAUGAUCUUAAUGAUGAUGAUGACCACGAUGAUCAUGUUCUCGAUCAUGAUGAUCAUGUUGAUGGCCAUGAUCCUGACGAUGAUGUUGACCAUGAUGAUGAUGAUGAUCACCAUCACGAUGGUCAUGAUGACCCCUUCUCUCCUCCCAUAGGCCAGAGCGGCGCCGGCAACAACUGGGCCAAGGGCCACUACACCGAGGGCGCCGAGCUGGUGGACUCCGUCCUGGACGUGGUCCGCAAGGAGGCCGAGUCCUGCGACUGCCUCCAGGGCUUCCAGCUGACCCACUCCUUGGGCGGCGGCACGGGUUCCGGCAUGGGGACCUUGCUGAUCUCCAAGAUCCGAGAGGAGUACCCCGACCGCAUCAUGAACACCUUCUCGGUGGUCCCCUCCCCGAAGGUCUCCGACACGGUGGUGGAACCUUACAACGCCACCCUCUCGGUCCACCAGCUGGUGGAGAACACCGACGAGACCUACUGCAUAGACAACGAAGCCCUCUACGACAUCUGCUUCCGGACCCUCAAGCUGACCACCCCCACCUACGGGGACCUCAACCACCUGGUCUCGGCCACCAUGUCCGGGGUGACCACCUGUCUCCGUUUCCCGGGCCAGCUCAACGCCGACCUCCGCAAGCUGGCGGUCAACAUGGUCCCCUUCCCCCGCCUCCACUUCUUCAUGCCCGGCUUCGCCCCUUUGACCAGCAGAGGUAGUCAGCAGUACAGAGCCUUGACCGUCCCCGAGUUGACCCAGCAGAUGUUCGACGCCAAGAACAUGAUGGCCGCCUGCGACCCGCGCCACGGCCGCUACCUCACGGUGGCGGCCGUCUUCCGGGGCAGGAUGUCCAUGAAGGAGGUGGACGAGCAGAUGCUGAACGUCCAGAACAAGAACUCCUCCUACUUCGUGGAGUGGAUCCCCAACAACGUCAAGACCGCCGUCUGCGACAUCCCGCCCCGGGGCCUCAAGAUGUCCGCCACCUUCAUCGGAAACUCCACCGCCAUCCAGGAGCUCUUCAAGAGGAUCUCGGAGCAGUUCACGGCCAUGUUCAGGAGAAAGGCCUUCCUCCACUGGUACACCGGAGAAGGCAUGGACGAGAUGGAGUUCACCGAGGCCGAGAGCAACAUGAACGACCUGGUCUCGGAGUACCAGCAGUACCAGGACGCCACCGCCGAGGAGGAGGGGGAGUUUGAGGAGGAGGCCGAGGAGGAGGCCGCCUAG